AUGGAAUCCACAGACAUCUUCUUCCCACAAUUUCUUCCGUACUCCUUUCCUUAUUAUUCAUAUAUCAUUGAAUGGAAGAACCAGGCAUUUAACAACUUUGUCGCCAGCGUACAACCCCCCUUGGACGCUCAGUUUAAGGAGAUACAGGAAGUGUGGGAACGAUCCUCGACGUGCGCCUUGCUUAAACAAAAGCUUACUUUCCAAAAAGGCUUUAGGAAAGUUAACAAGGUUCUGUGCUUUGCCUUAGGAGAUAUGGUUCCUACUUUCCGCUAUGGCCGCUAUGGCACCCUUUAUCAAGCUCGUGGCGCCAAACCCGAUAUUAUGCGAUGUAGCAUGAGCCAGCAUGCGGUUGCUUUGACGAUAGGGGCUGCAUUCCGUUCGACGACAGCCGCUAACGUGGAGAUUUUGGCCCAUAACCCGGAUUAUAGCCCGGCAAGUAAGGCUCUGUUGAAAAGCCUUGGGAUAUCUGUCGUCGGUGAGCACGGUGCCGGAGGCUUCAGUGAGAUUGUCGACGAUUCGGUCGUGUUCUUCUAUUAUCCGAACUUCCCCUUGAGCGAAAUUAUUGCCGACAUUGCGAGACCAGCUAUGAUUAUUAGAAGUGACCGCACCUACGUCCUAGACAACAUUGAUCGCGGGAUAAGAUGUUUUCCAUACCCUGCUAACGCGGAGACCCCGCGGGUCAGAGAAAUGUGGAAGGAUUACACGGAAUACGACUUCGAAAUUAUGGACCGUGAUAGACAUGCAUUGACGGGUCUCAAAUCGUUUAAAAUACAUAUUCGAAACGAUAUAACAGGGGGGCCAUGUAACAGCGAAAGAAAGGAAAAGAACUAA